AUGUCAUUGCUUUUUUCUGGCAUUUUGAUCUUAGGGGUGAUACUCAUUUGCUUUGUAAUUUACAUUGUAUUUACUGUAGCAUGGUAUUUAUAUGGUAGACAAAUACUGUCUGCUCCAACAUUAAGCCAGGAGGACCCAAAUGAUCACCCAGCAGCCAAGGAGAAAUGCUUUAUUUACCGGAAACUGAAGCCGGAUGUGAUCACGUUCAGCUACAAGAAAGAAUUGAGUGAUGAUCUAAAUCAGGAAGAGGAAAGUUGUGAUCAAAAUGAAUGCGUGGUGUGCUUGAGAGGUUUACAGAAUGAGGAAUUUGUGAGGCAGCUUCCAAAAUGCAAGCACACAUUCCAUGCGCCUUGUAUAGACAUGUGGCUCUACUCUCAUUCGGAAUGCCCCAUUUGCCGGAAGGCGAUUGAUCGGUUGCCGGAGGAAGGUGCAUUUACACCAGGCCGGAAGUCGCAGGAGGUCUCAGUAGAUAUCAGCCCAUCAUUAACCUUAACAACUAUCUCAAUAAUCUGCUAG